AUGGCUGCGCCAGAGGAGUCGCUGAGGAAGCGGAAAACCGGGGACUUGGACCCCGGGCCCGGGUCGCUGCCCGCGCCGGAGCGCGAUCCCGUGGGCUGCCCGGCCCGCCUCUGCGUGGGCACCUUCUGGCUGACCAGGAUCGUGCUCCUGAAGGCCCUAGCUUUUAUUUACUUCGUGGCAUUCUUGGUGGCCUUCCAUCAGAACAAGCAGCUGAUUGGAGACACAGGGCUGCUGCCUUGCAGAGCGUACCUGAGGAGCAUCCAGAAGUACUUUCAGGGGAGGGUGGGCUGGGAUGCCCUGGCCUAUGCCCCGACUGUCAUCUGGCUGAUGGACUGGUCAGACAUGAACUCCAACCUGGACUUCCUUGCUCUGCUUGGACUGGGCAUCUCAUCCUUCAUCCUGAUAACUGGCUGUGCCAACAUGGUCCUCAUGGCUGCUCUCUGGGUCCUCUACAUGUCCCUGGUCAACGUCGGACAGGUCUGGACAAAAGAUAUAUAUUCCUUUGACACCAGAGAGCACAGCCCAUUGUCAUCAGGGGAUUCCAGAGGAGCAACAGCUAAAACUGAAGGUGCGAGGACAAGGGAGCAUGGAGCAUGGCUGGGCCUGGAGCCCGGCUGUGAGCAGCUGUGA